AUGGGGGAGAAGACUUUCCAGAUCAUGGGUGCCCUCUCCUGCGUGGUGAUGGCAGCCUCGGCAGCAGUCUUCUGCCUGCCGAUGCACAGGCUCUCCUUCUUCACUGGCGGUUUCAUUCGCGCCGCGCGCAUUGAGACGCAUCUCUUGACGGUCCAGCAGAGGUUCUGCGCCCCUGUGGUCGCCACGGCCUACCCGCAGGGCUGCCACGGCUUCCAGAACGCGUUCCGUCUCGGCAUCGGGCUCGCCGCCUCCCUGGUGCUCAACGCAGUCGGCCUGGUGUGCGUCCUCUUCGCCCUCCACAGCUACAUCUACGGGCAGAACCACAAGCGGUCCUACCGCAGCCUGGCGCUGAUCGCGCUCGUGGUCUCUACCCUACAGCUGGGCGCUGCCGUGAGCACGUACGGCCUCUUCGUGUUCAGGCACCUGGACGAGAUGAAGGCCAGAGGCGCCAGCGGCAUGGUCACCAAGUUUGUCUUCGCGGCGAGUGAGGGCAUCGGGGCUUCCUUUGGCUUCUUCGCGUGCGCCAGCAUCAUCUUCUUGCAGCUGUUCAUGCUCGCGAUCUGGCAGUACACCAAGACCUCGCAGGAGCAGAGCGACGAGGAGAUCAGGGAGAAGAAGCUGUUCGCCGCCGGGUUGGAGGCCCACGCGGGCUACGGCGGUGUCCCGGCCGCGGCGCCGCCGGCGCAGCCCUGGCCGCAGGCCGAGCAGGUCCUCUACGUCCCCGGCGGCGCCGCGCCGCAGCAGUGGGAUCAGCCGCCCACCGGCUUCGGAGGCGCCGCCGGCGCGGGGCCGGCCCAGGCAUGGCCCCAGGCCGGCGGCCCCGCGCCGCAGCAGUGGGACCAGCCUGCCGGGCUGCUGGCCCCCAGCACUUACGAGAGCCAGCCCCUGGAGAUGCGGCGGGGGCAGACCUACAUGCCCGACGUCCCGCCGAGCAACGCGGUGUGA